AUGGCUAUUAAAGAAAGUAACAAGUAUCGGUUGAAUCGUAAUACGAUGGCUUUUAUGUUGGAGAUGUCGUCCAAACAGCUCCACUUCUUCACUAGCAAGGAUCUGGAAAAACCGGGACAGAUUUACAGUCUGGUCUUGGAGAACGAAAACAACUUGACGUUGGGAUUGGAGAACUUGUUCUACAGAUUGUUGGUAUGUUAUUUUAAUUUUGUUCGGAAUCUUAGGUUACAAAGUUCGGCCUUACGUUUAAUAGUGUAUGGUUUUAAGUUUUGAGUUACUGACUCGAACCUUUUUUGAUAUGCUUUUGUAAAGAAAACGGUGGCUUUAAUGUUUUUUAUUCGUGAACAAUAUCCAAAUGUUAUAGAUUUGUUGUCCAAUCGUUUUCAACUCGUUCAAGUCGAACGUGGCUCGUGUUCGUGAGGUCAAGUUGGUGUUUGACAAGUGUUGUACUUAUAUUCAGUUUGGCAAUCGAAUGAAGAUCAACUUCACCAGAUCGAGCUUCUUGGUCCUCUUCAUCAAUUUGGUGAAGCCUUUCUUCAAUUCGGUCCAAUUUUACGAUACUCACUUCUUCCGCCAAGCCCUCAUCAAGGUCUGCAAGGCGUUGGUCGAUAACGGUGUGUUUCUACUCUUUUUUAUUGUUAUACGGUUGUACGAAGCUAUUAGAUUGGCAAUAUAUUAACAAACAUACCAUUUUAGAGUGCAUUAUGGAUGACACGUAUCUUCGCUUCAUGAAGUUGAACAAUGACAACGCAUAUGGUACGAUCCAGGAGAUUCUUCGUGACCAUGUUCGCUACAUCGAAAUUGACGAAGAAUUUAGCACUUAUCUCACCAAGUCGGGUACCUUCAAGGAAAUUGUAGUCAAUGCCAAGACUAACCACGAGUUGUACUAUUUGAACGGCUUCUUUAAGCUUCCAACUGAACGUCUGAUCAUACCUCAAGUGGCCGGCAUCAGAAACUUCCAAGACUUUGAAAAGUAAGAACUUUAGCUAUUAUUCUGUCUUUAAGAUUAUCUUACUUUCGAUUGGUUUUGACUACAUUAAGGUGGUGGGAAUUGAAGAAAUGCCAUUUGUCUGAGUAUUAAGGUGUUCAUGUUAUUUUAGCGUUCCUGUUAGUGAGUCUGUCCAUUCCUUGGAAAUUGCCUAUUCCCCCAACGAUUCCGAAGAGGUCCACAAAACUGCCAUUGCCGAUCUGAAGAAAGUGGUACCUAACCUAAAGGAACUCGUUUUGACUUGCUUCACGGGUAUUAACGUUGAGAACGCUGUUGAUCCAUCUGUGAUCACUCAGGAAGUGGAACGGGUCAAGGAUGACCUUACCAGGAAGAAUCUGGAACAACUGUACAGUGAAUUGAACUUGAACAAGUUGGCUUUCAAGCACGAGAUUUAUGUCAGAAGCAAGGACAAGUCUAUUCAUCCUUUGGACCAGAUCGCUCGAAGCCUAGAGUUGCGAAAGGAGGCCGAGGAAGAAGAGUUCCAUACUUAUAAGUCUAACAAGGAGGGUCAGAAGAUCGAGUACUUGCUGUACUCUACUGCCAAGGAACACUACCCAUUCAGAGUUCAUGAAGAACUUACCGUUUAA